AUGUCUGAUAUUCCAAGGAACGACGAGGAAUGGGCGGCUCGUAUUUCCACCACCAAGGACUCACUCCCGGAGAUUUCCUCUAUGCAUCAGAUCCCAACCCCUUCGACGAUUAAUUCCACGGUCGACCACACCCAGCUGGCAUUGGCCGCGACCGAGCAGCAAAUCGAUCAGCUCUGCGACGAAGCACUUAAGUAUCGGUUUGCGACGGUCUGCGUUCGCCUGAAGCAUGUCCCACGGUCUGUUCAGAAACUCAAAGCAGAGCCGGGCGUAGGUGUGGCCUGCGUCGUGGGCUUCCACGAGGGCAUGUACGAGACCUCGGAGAAAGAGCAGGAAGCUCAAGAGGCGGUUAACCUGGGAGCCUCAGAGUUGGACAUGGUCCUGAAGUAUCCUCUACUGAAGGAGGGGAAAUAUACGGAAGUCUACGAGGAUGUGCUGGGGGUGCGAAAGGCGGCUCCGUCUCCUACCAAGCUCAAAGUGAUCCUGGAGACGGCCCAGCUUACACGAGACGAGAUCAUUGCGGGGUCUGUGAUAGCCAUUAUGGCCGGGGCAGAUUUCAUUAAGACCAGCACAGGGUUCAAUGGACCAGGAGCCAGCGUUGACAAUGUAGCGCUUAUGCGGGCAACUGCGGACUUGGUCAGCAAGGGUUGCAAGGUCAAAGCUAGUGGAGGGAUACGGUCAAGCGAGGAUUGUAUACGGAUGUUGAAAGCAGGUGCCGAACGCAUUGGUAGCAGCUCCGGUGUGAGGAUCAUGCAGGAAUUGGGCGGGGAAACAGUGGUGGGCGAGUCGGCAGCGUAUUAA